AGAGCUUUAUGUGGUGUUCGUCGAGGUGCAGCCGUACCUUCCCUGUGCCGCCCUGCAGGACAACCUGCAUCUGCAGAGCAACCAGCGGCGGUUGGGCGACGUCCGCGGCGGGCUCCGCACCACCGGAGAAGGGCCUCGGUGCGGGGAGGAUAUGCGCGGCGUUGAUGCGAUGCGGGCGAAGGUCCCUGCCGUCGUGCCCCUCGCAUCGCCCCGCUGCUGCUCCUCGAUGGGCGCCGUGAGAGGCUGGGCCACGGCCCACGGGCCUUCGUCGAUGGCACAGGGCACCUGCUACUGGUCAAGCUCGGCAAGGGAGGCGCUCGGAGGGUGUGGGGCGGGGUGGUGCUCGGAGGGGGAAGGGGCUGACUCGCUGAGCGCCAGCGGAGCAUAGGGCGGGGCGCUUCCGGCGUCUCACGCCAGCGCGUCGGCUGCCGCUCGCUCCAUCGCGUGGUCCGUCGACGACGGCAUGGGCUGCGCUCACUUCAGCGCGUGGGUCGCACGCUCUAACACAUGUCGGCAGGCAGCGGGGCGACGCGAGGGGCACGAGCGCGUGGGGAUCCAAAAUUCACGCAUGGCGAACGGGUCCAGUGUGGAGUAGAGAAACCUAGUCCAGCCACAACGGAGUCUCCGAUUCAUUCGGGGGUAGAUUAGAUUAGGAGAGGAAAGGUUGAAGGAGAAAAGGUUAUUCAGGCUCUUCACCUCAAUCUUUUUCAACGGGGCACACACAAUUGAGAUGUCUUGGAGAGCAUCGACAGUGCUGCUCGUCGUCUGUCUCCUGCCCGCCGCCUCACCGUUCGUCGCCGCCGCCAUCGCGCAAACGGAGGAGCCUCAAGCACCGCCGGCCGAUGGCCACGGCGCUUGCGGUGGUCCGGCCGUCGGGGGCAAAUGCCACAGCGUCGCCAACGCGCUGCGCCUGAAGCUGAUCGCCAUCGUGUCGAUCCUCCUCGCCAGCGUCAUCGGCGUGUGCCUGCCGCUCUUCUCCCGCUCCGUGCCGGCGCUCCGUCCGGGCAGCGACGCCUUCGUCGUCGUCAAGGCCUUCGCGUCGGGGGUCAUCCUCGGCACCGGCUACGUGCACGUCCUGCCGGACUCCUUCAACGACCUCAGCUCGCCUUGCCUGCCCCGGAGGCCCUGGGCGGAGUUCCCGUUCACGGGGUUCGUCGCGAUGCUCGCCGCCUUGUUCACGCUCAUGGUGGACUCGACCAUGCUCUCGUUCCACAGCCGGGGCGCCAAGGGCAAGGGAAGAGCUGCGGUCGCGCGCCAUGGCCAUGACGGCGGCUGCCCUCCGCAGGUGCACUGUCACGGGCACGGGCAUCUGGAGAUGAGUGAUGCGAGGCCGGAGGCCACCGCAGACAAGGUGGAGGAGGACGUGGAGGCCGGCAAGGUGCAGCUGCACAGGAACCGUGUCAUUGCUCAGGUCCUGGAGAUGGGCAUCGUGGUGCACUCGGUGGUGAUCGGCCUGGGCAUGGGCGCGUCGCAGAACGUGUGCACGAUCCGUCCCCUCGUGGCGGCGCUGUGCUUCCACCAGCUCUUCGAGGGGAUGGGGCUCGGCGGCUGCAUCUUGCAGGCCGAGUACGGCGCCAGGAUGAAGUCAGGGCUGGUCUUCUUCUUCGCCACGACGACGCCGUUCGGGAUCGCGCUGGGGCUGGCGCUCACCAAGGUGUACAGUGACACCAGCCCGACGGCGCUCAUCGUCGUCGGGCUUCUCAACGCGGCGUCGGCGGGGCUGCUCCACUACAUGGCGCUCGUCGACCUCCUUGGCGCCGACUUCAUGGGGCCCAAGCUGCAGAGCAGCGUCAGGCUCCAGUUGGUCUCCUUCCUGGCCGUGCUCCUCGGCGCCGGCGGCAUGUCCGUCAUGGCCGUGUGGGCGUGAUGUGUCGGGCCUCCCGGAGGAGGGAAAAAAAGGCGCAAUCAAUCAGGUUCAGCUGCCGUAUAUUCUGUGUUUGCUCCCGCUCGCAUCACAUGUUCGGUUGCUCAACGUGUCAAUAAGGGGAAAUCUGAAAGUCAUCAACCUUUUAAUCUGAAAGUCGCAUCACAUGUUCGCUCGCAUCACAUGUAGUACCUUGUUCUUUUAUAUAUAAACAAUGCAAAUUUUUUUGUUUUGCGUUCGUGGCAGAAA